AUGAGGGGUCAGAGUGCCUGCGAAAGGAGGGAUGAGAAUGUCACACUUCCAGCGAAAUCCGUCAGGCAGCCCCUCUCGGCUGGUGCUUUUCUCCCUAAACGUGGUGUCAUUGCCAAGGAGCUACUCACGACAAAUGGUAAGUGCCCAAGCGCACAUAAUCCUCAUACGAUAACUACGGCUCUGCCAAAGACGUCCCGCAGAAUAUCGGGCACUUCGGUAUUGUGUAUGGUAAGACUGAGGCUGGAGAGGUCCAUUGAGCCAAAGCGCACAAUUUGGUCACGACAGACGCUUGCUAGGGCAUCCUUGGCUCUCAGCCCGACUAGUGUGAUCGACGGUGUCAUCCGCUGCCCUGGAAAUAGCAACGGCGCUUUCUUGUAUGACGGGAAGGAAACACCAUUGGCCCGUGGAGGCAUCAAAAAUUUCGACAGUACUGCUACAUUUCAACCCUGA